GCUCAUAUCGAUUCCCUUGUAGAAAAGACUUGCAUAAAAGUUGGGUUUCAAACUUUUGAAUCACCGAAGAAAAAAAAAGUGGGUUUUUGAUGGUACCUAAGAGGCAUUUCAGUGACGUGGGGGGUGCGGAGUUUCAGUUUCCGGUGCCGGAAUCGAAAAGGAGACCUCUUUUUAAGAAUGUUGCUAGGGAUGUGAUGAGAGACGGUCCCUUGAAUGAAAAAGCGUGGGAAAAUUUCUUCAGAAAAGUGGUGCGAGAUGAGCUGGAGAAUUUGCUUAUUCCCUACCUGAGGGGAACUUCGAGCAGGCCUCCUCUUCAAAUUGGUCGUUCAUCUGGAGCAACUGGUUUUCAGUUGCAUUUCAUCAACAAACUGCCAUCAACAAUAUUCACAGGCAGCAGGGUGGAAUCAGAAGACGGCACACCUCUUCAAAUUAUGCUACGUGAUGCUGCUACGCAAAAUGUGGUCAGUUCCGGUCCGCUGUCUUCAGUGAAGAUUGAAGUGCUUGUUCUGAGUAGCGAAUUCGGGUCUGAUGAUCAAGAGGAUUGGACUGAGAGAGAAUUCAGCAAUGGCCUAGUCAAACAACGAGAAGGGAAGAGGCCGUUGGUGACUGGUGAGGUGACUCUUAAUCUGCGGGAUGGGGUGUGUUUUCUUAAUGACAUUGUCUUCACUGACAAUUCAAGCUGGAUCAGAAGCAGGAAGUUCAGACUAGCAGCUAGAGUUGUGCCGAAAGCUCCUGGUGAUGACAUUCGAAUCAGGGAAGCUAUAAGUGAGGCUUUUCAGGUGAAAGAUCACCGCGGGGAGUUGUACAAGAAACACUACCCUCCAUCCUUGAAUGAUGAGAUAUGGCGCCUGGAGAAGAUAGCAAAGGAUGGCGCAUUCCAUAAGCGAUUGGCUGAGUGUGGGAUUACUACUGUGAAGGCGUUGCUGCGGUCAUAUAUGAAAGAUCAAUCCUCGCUACGAAAUUGCUUUGGUUCGGUCCCAAACAAGAUGUGGGAAACAAUAAUGGAGCAUGCAUUGACUUGUGAGAUAGAUGAACAAAAGCUCUAUGCUUACCAUAGAGCCAACAUAACCCUCCUGUUCAACUCAAUCUACAAGUUCGAGGGAGUCAUGAUUGACAAACAACUCUGUGAUUUGGAGCAACUCACCCCACCUGAAAAGGUUAUGGUGGAAAAUUUGAAGCUGCAUGCGUAUAAAAAUGAAGCAAAUAUGGUCCUCGUGGAUGCUGCAACUCUAUUUAGCCUUUCAAAGCCUUUGCCUAGUCUACAAUUCAAUAAUCCAAACUCAGAGCUGCAACAAUAUAUUCUCCAAUUCCCACAGCAAGAUGAACCGCCAAUGCACUUGGGAUUCCACCACUCAUCGCCUUCAACUUCAUAUCAUUAUCAAUCAGAAGGAAGCAAUCAGUUAAUGGUGUCUCUAGCACCAACUAGUCAUCCAAUGCAAGCGUUCACUCCAGCGCUACGCAACAGUUUCUCAACGGAGGAGUUCAGCUCCUUACAGUUCAAUGCAGAAAACAGUUGGCCUCAAAUUGUGCCAACUGCUCAAUUAGGCACUACCGAAAACCUUUUCCCGGUACAAACAACAACUUGGUCUCCAAUGAACCCUAACUGGGGGGGACAAGGGACCGGAUUUUACUUCGGCUCAAGUAGCGAAAGUGGCAUUUCCGGUUUUGUACAUAACUCAGGGACGGUGAAGAAACCCAAGGCAUGCUGGUGCAAGCUUCGUGCCGCCAUUAAGUGGUGGGUUUCUGUUAGGGCUAGAAGAAUGGCAAGGCCUCUGUAUUUGGCCAGCUAGAAGAUCACUGGUAGUGUUACUCAUCCUCCCUUUUUAGUUUCAGUGAACCACUAGUUGUAAAGCAUGUACCUAAAUUAAAAAGGGUAGUCUUUUCCUAGAUGUGUUAAGACCUAGUUACUCACUUAGUCACUAGUCUAUUUUCCUUCAGUCUUUUUCUUCUCCUUUAAUGUGUAAAAUGUGCAAAAAGGGGUUACUCUGUUGUUAUAUAUAGUUGACCAUGAUGUACAUAGUGUUCAAAUGAUCUAUGUAAAAGUGGUUUCUGGAAAAAAUCUAAUAAGAUUCAGUUUAUUUGUUCCACGAUCUGUUUAUGUAGAUCAGUACUUUUUCUGUU